GACGCGAUGCAUUUCAUGAGAUUUCAUGAUCACUCUCAAUGAAGCCGCCCACCCUGGUCUCCCUUGAGGACGCGUCCAAGAUCCCCGGAAAUGUCUCGCCAGAAGUGAAGCAGGCCGCAGCAAGUUGGCUGAACCUGUUCUUCUCCCGGAAUGCCGAUACACCUGCGUUUGCGGACAGUGUGGGGAAGCGCCUGAAGCUGACCGAGGUCUCCAUUAAUCCCAAAGCGGAUGAGCCAGGAAAGACAGAGUGUAAGGUGGUAUGCGAGAUCACUGUUUCAUCUGAUAUGCUCAAUGGUCUUGGGAGUUUGCACGGUGGAUGCUCUGCAUAUCUCAUUGAUGACUGCUCGUCUCUGCCACUCGCCGCGUACUCGCUCGUAACCGGCGGCACAGGGUCUCCCGGAGUAUCGCAGUCGCUCAACGUCGUAUACCAUGCACCUGCCCUGCUAGGAGACAAGCUGAGGAUCGUCAGUACGACCAUUGCUGUCGGCUCUCGGAUUAUGUCUGCUCGCUGUGAGAUUUGGAAUGACACGCACCAUCGCCUGGUUUCAUCGGGCGUGCAUAUCAAGAUGGAGCCAUCCUCCAAACUAUAACUACCGGGCUUCGUGGUCUUGUCGAUACAGGGCAUGUAGGGGGGUUUCUUGGUUAAUUAUGCUGUUUCUAUAUUCUGUGGUACUACAUAGGCAAUCUGGACAAGUGGGUUGUGUAAUAGCGGUCUAAACCGCUGAGUCCAUGUCCACGACCGCGGAGC